UCAAUAGUUAUAAAUAAACAAGGAAGUAAUUAACACGAUCCGUGAAGCCAUGAAUAAGAUGGCACAGGUGUUGGCAGUACCAGGAGAUGUUAGGCAUGGAUUUUCUUGCAUAGGCCGAUUCAACCAUGACUUUGGCCGGAUAACUGGGAUAGCAGCUACAAUAAAAGGGAACAUUUUGCUAUGUGACUAUGAUAAAAAGAAUAUGAUAUUGGUUGAUCCUCUUGGAAAUUAUUUAAAGAAGCUGGACUUAGACAGUGAACCAUUUGAUGUAGCUAUAACGAGUCAAAAUAUAGGCUUUAUUACACAACCUAACUCCAGGUCGGUCCUACAAAUUGAUCCUGACAGAAUGAUUGUACUUUUAAAAGCAACUAGCAACGAACUUAGCACUACCGUGUUAUGUGUUUCAGCAGUCCCAAAUACUGGACGGGAUUAUUCAGACAAAGUUCCUUGUUUCUUUGGCGUUAAUAUGCAUGGUUUGAUGUAUGCCGUGUAUGUCAACUACGAGCAGAUAAACCUGACAGACAUAUCUAAAAAUGGAAGCAUAGUUGGUUCACGUGUUGUCAAGUUCCAUACAGUUAAUGAAAAUUCUUGCUUAUUUUGUACAGGCGGUCAAAACUAUAUCACGUAUAACGAAAGUUGGACAGGUCCAGUAAGGGUUUAUAAAAUUGCCACCAUAGAUACACCAACUGAUAUAUGCUCUGACGACAACGGCCACGUCUAUGUUAGUGGACAGGGAUCGAAUAACAUACACAGAUUGGUGUGGGAAUCCAAAGAGCCUAAGAUGGUAGAUGACUGGUAUACACAGGAACGGGAUUAUAAAGUAUUAGACAUACCAUUGGAUACACAUCAUGGAAUCAAGGAACCAGUCGCUCUGUGCUUCAACAAAGACUAUAGUAAACUGUAUAUUGUCAACGAAUGGGGAAAAUCUGUUUUGGUUUUUGAUGUUAUAUGAUUAUUGAAUACAAAUACAAUUGUUUUGUUCAAACUAAACCUAUUAGCUGCGUCGGGUGGAAAUCGACCUUUUUUAAGUGUACGUAUACAUGCAUAUGACUUUUAUUUGUUUCAGAUUAUUCGAAUACUAAACAAAAGAUAAC